AUGGAAUAUGAAGUCAAGAAAGGGAAAAAGGGCUUUGUGUCCCCCAUCCGGAGGCUGGUAUUCCCCAAGGCUGCGCGCCGGGCAGCCUGUCGGAGCAGUGUGAGCCGUCGUCCCCUGCACUCGAUGCCCCUCUAUCCCCCCGACUACCUCAUCGACCCUCAGAUUCUGCUCUGUGACUAUCUGGAGAAAGAGGUCAAGUUCCUGGGCCACCUCACCUGGGUCACCUCCUCCCUGAACCCUUCCAGCCGGGACGAGCUCCUGCAGCUGCUGGACACGGCCAGGCAGCUGAAGGAGCUGCCGCUGAAGACGACGGCGGAGCAGGACAGCAUCCUGAGCCUGUCGGCCCGCUGCCUGCUGCUCACCUGGCGCGACAACGAGGAGCUUAUCUUGCGUAUCCCCACGCACGAGAUUGCCGCCGCCUCCUACCUGCAGGACGACGCUCUGCACCUGCUGGUGCUGAAGACCGGUCUGGGCGUGGACCCGGUGCCAGCCGGUGUAGACGCCAGCCCCGGCGGGGCGGGGCGCGACCCGGGCCCGCCGGGCGUGGCGCCCGAGAAGCGGCGGGUGGGCACCACCGAGCGGCGCCACACCAUCUGCAGCCUGGACUGGCGGAUGGCGUGGGGCGGGGGCGCAGGCGCCGAGGCCCGGGCCGGGGGCGGCGGCGGCGGCGGCGGCAGCCUGGAGCGCCAGCGCGCCGGGGCGCGGGCGUCGGGCAGCUGGGAGCGGCGGCAGACGUUCAGCGGCAGCUGGGAGCGGCGGCACGCCGGCGGCGGCGGCGGCGCGGGCAAGCCAGGCGGCAGCUGGGAGCGGAGGCAGGCGGGCGGCGGCGGUGGCAGCUGGGAGCGGCGCCACCCGGGCCCCAACCCGCUCGACCCGCAGGACCCCAGCCCCGACGCCUACUGCAACCUGGUCAUUCUGGCUGUGGCCAACAGGGAUGCUGCCGAGGAGUCCUGUGCCCUCAUCUGUCAAGUCUUCCAGAUCAUCUACGGGGACCAGAGCAUCGAGUGCGUGGACCGGGCCGGCUACCACUACACAUCCACUCCUGAACGGCCGUGGCUGUGUAGCCGCAGUGAGAGCUGCCGCACCGACGGGACCUAUGCCUACGACGCCGACUUCAGCUGCUGCAGCUCCUUCAACAGCUCCCAGGACACGUUUGAAGCCUGUUACAGCGGCACGUCCACACCUUCUUUCCAUGGCUCCCACUGCAGCAGCAGCGACCACAGCGGCCUGGGCCUCGAGCAGUUACAGGAUUACAUGGUCACGUUGCGGACUAAGCUGGGGCCCCCAGAGAUCCAGCAGUUUGCGCUGCUGCUUCGGGAGUACCGGCUGGGGCUUCCCAUCCAGGACUACUGCGCGGGCCUGCUGAAGCUCUACGGAGACCGGCGCAAGUUCCUCCUGCUUGGGAUGAGGCCCUUCAUCCCGGACCAGGACAUCGGCUACUUCGAAGGCUUCCUGGAAGGCGUGGGCAUCCGCGAGGGCGGCAUCCUCACCGACAGCUUCGGCCGCAUCAAGCGCAGCAUGAGCUCCACGUCGGCGUCUGCGGUGCGCAGCUACGACGGCGCUCAGCGGCCGGAGGCGCAGGCCUUCCACCGGCUGCUGACAGACAUAACGCACGACAUCGAGGCGCUGGCCCCCGACGAUGACGAAAGCACGGACGAAGAGGCCCGGGACUCCGCGGGCGGGGGCGACGCGGCCGAGGACAACUACCUGAUCCCCUCCCCAGAACCCAACCUGGGGCUCCGCGCUCCGGGGCCGGGGGUGGGGGGUGGCGGAGCCGGGGUCUGUCCCUACCGGGCCCCCCAGCUCCGGUCCCUGCAGUACCGAGAAUGUCCUGCCGGGGACGGGACUCUAACCGGGGCUCAGCCGCUCCCUCUGCCGGCCGAGCGCCCCGGGACCCCGGGGACUGCCGAGCUGGGGGGGCGCUCGAGCUGCGAGGAUCCGGGCUGCCCGCCGGAAGAGGAGCGGGCGCCCAGGAUGGGGUGCGUGAAGUCCAAGUUCCUCCGGAACGGAGGCAAGGUCUCAAAAACCGAGCCCAACACCAACCCACACAACCCCGUGUAUGUGCCGGAUCCCACGUCCUCGGGCAAGCGGGUGAAUAAAGCCUCACCAUCCCAUGUGUCUCCCUUCCCAACAGGUUCUGAGGAUAUCAUUGUGGUUGCCCUGUAUGAUUAUGAUGCCAUUCACCAUGAAGACCUCAGUUUCCAAAAGGGGGACCAGAUGGUGGUCCUGGAGGAGUCUGGGGAGUGGUGGAGAGCGCGAUCUCUGGCCACCCGGAAAGAGGGCUACAUCCCAAGCAACUACGUCGCCCGUGUCAACUCUCUGGAGACAGAGGAGUGGUUCUUCAAGGGCAUCAGCCGAAAAGAUGCAGAGCGCCAGCUCCUGGCCCCUGGCAACGUGCUGGGCUCCUUCAUGAUCCGGGACAGCGAGACCACCAAAGGGAGCUACUCUUUGUCCGUGCGAGACUACGACCCACAGCACAGGGACACAGUGAAACAUUACAAGAUCCGCACGCUGGACAAUGGGGGUUUCUACAUCUCACCCCGGAGCACCUUCGGCAGCCUGCAGGAACUGGUGGCCCACUAUAAGAAGGGGAGCGACGGACUCUGCCAGAAGCUGACAGUGCCCUGCGUGUCCUCCAAGCCCCAGAAACCUUGGGAGAAAGACGCCUGGGAGAUCCCCCGGGAGUCCCUCAAGAUGGAGAAGAAACUUGGAGCUGGGCAGUUUGGGGAAGUCUGGAUGGCCACCUACAACAAGCACACCAAGGUGGCCGUGAAGACGAUGAAGCCCGGGAGCAUGUCCGUGGAGUCCUUCCUGGCAGAAGCCAACCUGAUGAAGACUCUGCAGCAUGACAAGCUGGUGAAGCUGCAUGCUGUGGUCACAGAGGAGCCCAUCUACAUCAUCACGGAGUUCAUGGCCAAAGGCAGCCUGCUGGACUUCCUGAAAAGUGAAGAAGGUAGCAGGCAGCCACUGCCCAAACUCAUCGACUUCUCAGCCCAGAUCGCAGAAGGCAUGGCCUUCAUCGAGCGGAGGAACUACAUCCACCGAGACCUUCGAGCUGCCAACAUCUUGGUGUCUGCGUCCCUGGUGUGCAAGAUCGCCGACUUCGGCUUAGCACGGGUCAUCGAGGACAACGAGUACACAGCACGGGAAGGGGCCAAGUUCCCCAUCAAGUGGACAGCUCCUGAAGCCAUCAACUUUGGCUCCUUCACCAUCAAGUCAGACGUCUGGUCCUUUGGUGUCCUGCUGAUGGAGAUCGUCACCUAUGGCCGGAUCCCUUACCCAGGGAUGUCAAACCCCGAGGUGAUCCGUGCACUGGAGCGUGGGUACCGGAUGCCUCGACCAGACAACUGCCCGGAAGAGCUCUACAACAUCAUGACUCGCUGCUGGAAGAACCGACCCGAGGAACGGCCCACCUUUGAAUACAUCCAGAGUGUGCUGGAUGACUUCUACACGGCCACUGAGAGCCAGUACCAACAGCAGCCGUGA